AAAAUUCCAUCUUUUAUUACUACAUGCUCUCUCUCCCAACUCUUUCAUAAAACUGGUAUUACAGUAUUUCUUUUUUUUUUCAUCUUUUUUUUUUCUUUUCACAAAACCAAAUCUGAUUAGACUUCAUUUGUUGAUAAAAAAAAAUAAUUAAUGGAUCCAGUUUCCUCCAAAAAACUACCAGAAAGUUUUCUAAAAAAAACAUUUUCAUUGAUCAACAACAACAGCGACCGAAACUCAUUGUCACUAGUAUGCAAAGACUGGUACAACAUAGAACGUGUAACGAGGCGCCACGUCUCCAUAUCAAACUGUUACUCUGUAUCACCCGAAAUCUUGGCAGCUAGAUUUCCUGAGAUCAGAAGUGUGACACUCAAAGGCAAACCAAGGUUCUCAGAUUUUAACCUUGUACCUGACAACUGGGGUGGCGAUGUCCAACCGUGGUUGAAUGUUUUUGCGACGGCGUAUCCGUUUUUGGAAGAAUUAAGGUUGAAAAGGAUGGAGGUAAGUGAUGAAAGUUUGGAGUUUCUGGGGAUGAAUUUUGAUGGGUUUAAGGUUUUGUCGUUGUUGAGUUGUGAUGGGUUUACUACUCUUGGUCUUGAAGCUAUUGCUACUCAUUGCAAGAACUUGACAGAACUAGACAUACAAGAGAAUGGGAUUGAUGAUCUUGGGGGAGAUUGGUUAAGUUUCUUUCCAGAGAGCUUAACCUCAUUAGAAGUACUUAACUUCGCAACUUUGAAUAGCGAAGUCAGUUUUGAUGCUCUGGAGACUCUUGUUUCUAGAUGCAAGUCCUUGCGAGUUUUGAAAGUUAAUCGAAACAUAAGUUUGGAUCAAUUGCAAAAGCUGCUUGUGCUUGCUCCACAGUUGACAGAGCUUGGUACUGGUACAUUCACAGAAGAUCUUGUGUCUAGUCCUGUGAAGGAACUCGAAAGUGCUUUCAGUAUUUGUAAGAAUCUACAUACAGUUUCGGGUUUUUGGGAUGCUACUUUGCUUUAUCUACCCGCUGUAUAUCCGGUGUGUGAUCGAUUGACUUUUUUGAACCUGAGUUACGCUAGUCUUGGGGCAGUUGAACUUGAACAAAUUAUCUCUCAUUGCAAGCAGCUAACUCGGCUUUGGGUUCUUGAUACGGUAGGAGACAAGGGUUUAGAAGCGGUCGGAUCUUGCUGUCCCUUGCUAGAAGAACUUCGAGUCUUCCCAGCUGACCCGUUUGACCAAAAAGUGGGUGUGACCGAAUCAGGCCUCGUUGCCGUAUCUAAUGGCUGCCCAAAGCUACAUUACAUACUCUACUUCUGUCAACGUAUGACAAACGCUGCUGUGAUCACCGUAGCCCAAAACUGCCUAGAUUUCACUCACUUCCGCCUUUGCAUAAUGAAUCCUCGGGAACCAGAUUACCUAAGUAACGAGCCCAUGGAUGAGGCCUUUGGGGCCAUUGUCAAGAUUUGUACUAAGCUCCGGCGGCUUUCGGUUUCAGGUCUGUUAACCGACCUGGCUUUUGAGUAUAUCGGGAAGUACGCGAAAAACCUUGAGACACUUUCCAUUGCUUUCGCUGGAAGUAGUGAUUUGGGAAUGGAGUAUGUGAUGAGAGGCUGCCCUAAGCUGAAAAGGGUUGAGAUACGCGACUGUCCGUUUGGGGACUCUGCUUUGCUUUCGGGUUUGGGCCAAUACAAGUCCAUGAGGUCUUUGUGGAUGUCGGCGUGUAAUGUGACCAUGAAUGGCUGCAAGAAGUUGGCUGAAGAGAUGCCUAUGUUAAAUGUUGAGGUGAUCAAAGAUGAAGAUGGCGAUGAUAGCCUUGCCAAUAAAGUGUAUGUGUAUCGAACUGUUGCCGGACCACGAAAGGACACACCGCCUUUCGUUCUGACCCUCUGAGUUCAAGAAACCAAACGAGGUGAGCUUCAAUUAAUGGUGAAACUUAGAAAAACUUUUCGGACCCUAGUUUAAGAUGCAGAAAAUGUCAUUAGGAAUUAAUUGUUUAACCAGUUCCAUCAUAUCAUCUAUAUUUAUUGACUCGGUUUUGGUUUGGUGCUUUGUGAACAUUUCGUUAGACAAUAACACUUGAUGGGGUAGGAUUUAGGCCCUUGAGAAGUUUGAGAUUCCAUAA